AGCUAGUUAUUAAUAUUUUUGAAUAAGGACGGGUUAAGAAUGUUAUGGGCUGCGUAGACAUUUAAAACAUUGCGACUUCCUACGGUAAACUAUUUGAAGCAAAUGAAUUUUAUUUUGAUUACAUAAGAUAAGUAUUCAAACAUUGCAUACAUGAUAAUAUUAUUGUAACCAACACAUAGGGGGUGAUGUAAAAGAGCAAGAUUAAAUUCUACUAUCGCAAUUGAUAGUCACGCGAAUCGUAGGAAAUUUCUCAAUGGCAACCUGAGGAUAUCAACAAAUAUAGAUAAGUUGUUUGCAACAACCUGUUUCAGUUGUAUAAGUGUUGUGUGUCUGUCGGGACAUCAUCAAAAUAACAAUUUCUUUAAUAAGAUUUGAUUUGUUCUUUGACCGUCCACAAUGUCCGCUGAUAGCACUCUAAAGUCAAAAGGGCAUACAAAAGUCCAAUGGGCGCUUACGUUCCUAAGUAACCUUCCAAAUUUGACGUAUGGUCUUCAAUGUGGCUGGAUGUCACCUGUGACGAAACUACUGCAGUCAGAACAGUCUCCGGCUGGUAGACCACUCAGUGACAGUGAAAUAUCAUGGAUCGCUAGUGCACCCUCACUGGCGGGAAUGGUGGGAGUGCUAUUUUUCGUACCAUUAGUAGAAAGAUAUGGAAGAAAACCGGGAAUAUUAAUAAUGCUGGCGCUUCAAGUGUUGACAUGGGUCUUCAAAAUAUUUCCAUCCUCCAUGACCUGCUUGAUCAUAGGCCGGGUGGCGUGUGGUAUGGCUGGGGGAGGGUGCUUCCAUGUCGUUCCUAUGUACAUUAAAGAGUUUGCUCAGGACAGCAUUCGAGGCACUUUGCUAUCGAUAUUUGUGAUCGCACAAAGUAUGGGCAUUCUCAUUAUAUACGCGUUAGGAGGGUACUUAGACUAUUAUACCGUACUAUGGGUUGUAAUUGGAAUACCAAUACUAGGAUUUGGACUGUUUCUAAAAGCUCCCGAGUCACCUGCACAUUUAGUGAAAGUGGGAAAGAUUGAGGAGGCGGCCAGUACUCUUUCAUUUUUAAGAGGAAUUGAAGUUGAGGAUAAAGAAAUUCAAAAUGAAGUCAAUGCGAUAAAAAAGGAUGACGAUUAUUUUAAAUCUAUACCUGAUGUAUCGUUGAUCACUAUAUUCACAACCAAGGCAUGGAGAAAAGCUUUCGUCAUUAUGAUUCUGAUUAUCCUCGCGGGAGCCACAAGCGGCGGUUUUACUAUAUUGAACUAUGCGGCUACCAUACUGUCUACCUCUGGUGUAGGUUUGAGUCCAGAGCUGCAGUCCCUCAGCAUACCUAUUUUUAUGACAAUCGGCUCACUCUUCACAUUUGCUACAGUGGAUAAAUUGGGAAGAAAGCCUAUUCUAUUGAUGGCAUACCUCGCAUCAGCUCUAGCUUUUGCCUGCCUAGCAACAACAGGCUUACUCAAGUGCACGGAU